CACAAUGACGGAGCUCACAGGAUUAAGAUCAGGAUCAGGAAUGUGAAAGAUGCCUGCUGUGGAUCUGGGAUUCAGUCAGGAUUGGUUCAGAGAACCGCACAGCUGGGAAUACUGAUUUACUGGAGGAGACGGAAGACAAGGAAGAAGCAGUAAAGAUGAUGUGCGAGGUGAUGCCCACGAUCAGCGAGGACACGGCCAUGAGCCAGCGAGGUUCUCAGAGCAGCUCCUCGGACCCUGACUCGCAUUUUGAGCAGCUGAUGGUGAACAUGCUGGAUGAGCGAGACCGUCUCCUGGACACGCUCCGAGAGACACAGGAGAGCCUCGCCCUCGCACAGCAGCACCUGCAGGAUGUCAUGUAUGACCGGGACUCACUACAGCGCCAGCUCAGCUCUGCACUGCCACAGGAGUUUGCAACCCUUACGAAAGAGCUAAAUGCUUGUCGAGAACAGCUGCUGGAGAAAGAGGAGGAGAUCUCCGAGCUCAAGGCAGAGAGGAACAAUACCAGGCUACUGCUGGAGCAUCUGGAGUGUUUGGUGUCACGUCACGAGCGCUCCCUCAGGAUGACGGUGGUGAAGCGACAGGCUCAGUCUCCAUCAGGAGUCUCCAGCGAGGUGGAAGUUCUCAAAGCUCUCAAAUCCCUGUUCGAGCAUCACAAAGCUCUGGAUGAAAAGGUGAGAGAGAGACUUCGUGUGUCACUCGAAAGAGUCUCUGCCUUAGAGGAGGAGCUAACAGCUGCCAAUCAGGAGAUUGUUGCCUUAAGGGAACAAAAUGCACAUAUUCAAAGGAAAGUGGCAUCAGGUGAAGGAGCCGAGGAUCUGCUUGAAGCAGAUGCACAGAAAGUCCACGGCAAGCGCUUGUCAAAUGGCUCAAUGGAGUCUGGAGAUGAGGCAAGUCAGGUGGUGGAGCUGCAGGAACUUCUGGAGAAACAGAAUUAUGAACUGACCCAGAUGAAAGAGAGGAUGUCAUCUCUGUCGUCUCGUGUUUCUGAGGUGGAACAGGAGCUUGAGACGGCACGUAAAGACCUCAUCAAGAGCGAAGAGAUGAACACCAAAUACCAGAGAGACAUCAAAGAGGCCAUGUGUCAGAAGGAGGAUAUGGAGGAGAGAAUUGUGACACUGGAGAAACGUUACCUCAGUGCUCAGAGAGAGUCCACAUCACUGCAUGACAUCAGUGACAAACUGGAGAAUGAAUUGGCCAAUAAAGAGGCUUUUCUUCGACAGAUGGAGGAGAAGAACAGGCAGCUGCAGGAGAGGUUGGAGUUGGCUGAACAGAAGCUGCAGCAGACGAUGAGGAAAGCAGAAACUCUGCCAGAGGUGGAGGCAGAACUCGCACAAAGAAUAGCAGCACUCACCAAGGCAGAGGAAAGACACGGCAGUAUCGAGGAACGAAUGCGGCAUCUGGAAGGACAGUUGGAGGAGAAAAACCAGGAACUUUUACGGGCUCGUCAGAGAGAGAAGAUGAACGAGGAACACAACAAGCGUCUAUCAGACACGGUGGAUCGUCUCCUUACAGAAUCGAACGAGCGCUUACAGCUCCAUCUGAAAGAGAGGAUGGCCGCUCUGGAGGAGAAGAAUGUAUUAAUACAAGAUUCAGAGAAUUACAGGAAGCAGCUGGAAGACACCAUUCAUGAAAAGUCCCACUUGGCAGAUGAGAUGGAAAAGAUGAGGGUUGAACUGGAUCAGUUCAGAAUGAGGGCAGAACCAACACUGUCACGGUCUCAUCUGGACGCCUCCUCAGAUCUGCGUUACUCUCUCGGUUCUCUUGCCGAUUCUCAGUCUGAUUAUCGCUCCACUAAAGUGAUGCACCGAACAAGAAGAGGACGCAUGGGGCUACGGCGAGAUGAACAGAAGGCAAAGUCUCUGGGUGAACACGAGUGGCGAGCGCAGCAGCUCGGCAUGUUGGGCUCACACCCGUUUGAAAGUGAUACCGAGAUGUCAGACAUUGACGAUGACGAUCGCGAGACUUUGUUCAGCUCGAUGGAUUUGCUCUCGCCCAGCGGACAUUCUGAUGCUCAAACCCUCGCCAUGAUGCUGCAGGAGCAACUCGACGCCAUCAACAAGGAGAUACGGCUGAUUCAGGAGGAGAAGGAGUGUACGGAACAGCGGGCAGAGGAGAUUGAACACCGUGUAGCCAGUGUGAGUUUAGAGGGAUUGAAUCUGGCGCGUUCUCUUAUCACCGCCUCGGCUACAGCAUCAUCGCUCGCAUCAUCAUCACCCCCCAGCGGGCACUCAUCCCCCAAACACACACCCCGCAGCCCUGCCCGGGACAUGGAGCGCAUGGGAGUCAUGACACUGCCCAGUGACCUGAGGAAACACCGGAGAAAGAUUGCAGCAGUGGACGAUGACGGCCGAGAAGAUAAAGCCACCAUAAAGUGUGAGACGUCUCCUCCUCCAACGCCUCGUCAAGUUCGCAUGACACACACGCUGCCCGCUUCCUCUCACAACGACGCACGCCUGGCUGCAGCAUUAGAGGCUGAUGCAGCUCUGAGCAGCGUAGCCAGCAGUCAAGACUCGCUCCAUAAACAACCGAAGAAGAAAGGCAUCAAAUCAUCCAUCGGCCGCUUGUUUGGCAAAAAGGAGAAGGGACGACUGGUACACAUGGGGAAGGAGAUGAUGGGACCGGGACCAGGUGGAGUUUCAGAUGUGGAGCUGCUUGCUCAGGAAAUUGGUGUUGGGAAACUGGGCACUCAGGCUGAGAAAGACCGCCGCAUAAAGAAGAAGCACGAGUUGCUGGAGGAGGCGAGGAGGAAAGGAUUGCCUUUCGCACAGUGGGAUGGUCCUACCGUCGUCGCAUGGCUGGAGUUGUGGUUAGGAAUGCCAGCGUGGUACGUGGCAGCAUGUCGGGCGAACGUGAAGAGUGGCGCCAUCAUGUCGGCUCUGUCCGAUACGGAGAUCCAGCGUGAGAUCGGCAUCAGUAACCCUCUACACCGCCUCAAACUGCGCCUCGCCAUACAGGAAAUGGUGUCACUGACCAGUCCAUCGGCCCCGCCCACUUCCCGAACCCCAUCAGGCAAUGUGUGGGUGACACACGAGGAGAUGGAAACACUCGCAGCUCCAUCUAAAACGAAGUCACAGUCUGAAGAAGGAAGCUGGUCUCAGACACUAGCGUACGGGGAUAUGAAUCAUGAGUGGAUCGGUAACGAGUGGCUGCCCAGUCUUGGCCUACCUCAGUAUCGCAGCUACUUCAUGGAGUGUCUGGUCGAUGCAAGGAUGCUGGAUCACCUGACCAAGAAGGACCUCAGAGUUCAUCUCAAAAUGGUGGACAGCUUCCACAGGACGAGUCUUCAGUACGGUAUCAUGUGUCUGAAAAAACUCAACUACGACCGCAAAGAUCUGGAGAGACGACGAGAGAGCAGCCAGCAUGAGAUGAGAGAUGUGCUGGUAUGGACUAACGAGCGUGUGAUUCGUUGGGUUCAGAGUAUCGGUCUCCGUGACUACGCCAACAUCCUUUUAGAGAGUGGAGUUCACGGAGCACUGAUCGCCCUCGACAGUAACUUCGACUACAGCAGCCUUGCUCUGCUACUGCAGAUUCCCACUCAGAACACUCAGGCUCGUCAACUUCUAGAGAGAGAAUAUAACAACCUGCUGGCUUUGGGUACAGAGAGACGGCUAGAUGAGGAUUUCCGUGGCCCUUCGUGGAGGAGACAGUUUCCCCCACGUGAUAUUCAUGGGAUCAGUAUGAUGCCUGGGUCAGCAGAGACACUGCCGGCUGGGUUUCGCCUCACAACAUCAGCACACACACACCGAAUUCCAGCAGAUGUCGGGCCAUCAGCAGUGCAGCGGUUAGACAGUUCCACUGUGAGGACAUACUCAUGCUGAGAGAGGGACAACAAGGACUCGCAACUUCCACACAUAUUCGAGUGUGACGGUGACGUCGGGGGACAGAGAUCUGCUCACACACACUGCCAAGAAAACACAUGUUGCCCAGACAGAUGGGGGCCAAACUGUAAAGAGUCACGGUGCUCUCCUGACCCACCCACAUCCCCUGCCCCCGCCCACACCCCCUGCCCCGCCCUCACCCCCUGCCCCGCCCUCUCUACACCAGAGUGACUGUACAGGAUUAUAGAUACAGUUUUAUAUCCAAAUCUCUAUCAUCUACAGACACACUGCUGUAUUCAACACUGACUUUAUUCCUUCUGCACAUUUACUGUCACACACUUUUAUUUCUUUCUUCCACAUAUGCGCUCUCUCUCUCUCUCUCUCACACACACACACACACACACGACUCUGUGUGAUAGAAGAACGUAAAUAUGAAUGUGAAGGUGUAAGAGGUUGAAACCUGCUGCUUGAAGAAACUACAUGCUGUUAGAGUUUUAAAUUCCAAGUGCACUACCACAAACUGUUUUUAUUUUCAGUUAUUAUAUAAAAAAUAUUUUCUAAUAAAGUCCAAUAAUGUGUGCUAUUGGAUAUAAUAACAGAAAAACACGUAGAGUACAAAGGAUUUUUGCAUACUUUCAAUUUAAAAGAUUUCAGAUAUUUUAUUUGGAUAUUAAUAUGUUGUUAAUUGUAAACUGUGAUAAAUGUUAUUAGCUACACGACACAUUUAUGUCGCAUAAAUAAUCAUUUUUAUUAGUGACACUUUGUUCCAAGUUUGUUGUUCAACUUUAACUUUGACCGUUUUUGACCCCUUUCGGCUUCCACACGCUUCACGACGCUGAAAUUUUAUUUAAUGCUUUAAAUUAAAUUUUUUUUCUUGAUUUACCUGGUUCAGAAAUGACAACAGUAGUUCAAGGUGUUCCACAGGGUUCUGUUUUCUAAUUUUUUAGAAUUACUUUACCCUUCAGUCAUGUUCUAAUGUUGGAACACAAUGCUAAUUUUUACUGUUCUGCCACUGAGGACAGUUUUGCAUUAGCAUGGACUCUUCCACAUCCCAGAUGAACCAUUCUAACAAUAAGCUAGUCACAAAAGUGACCCAACUAAAUCUAUGCUAGUAAAGUACUUAACAUUAACUAAAGCUAGUAAAUCAAGUAACGUUACUGAAGAUAAGCUAAAGUGAUGUAAGGCUACAGGCAUUAAGGCAGUAAAGUUAGUAAUGUUACUUAAGAUAAGCUAAUAAAACAAGUACAGUGAUAUUACAAGCUGACGAUUAACAUUACUAAACCUCAAAUAAAAGAAAGUAACAAUAAAAAAAAAUAUUGUUUGAAACUGACACUAGUGCAGGGUGUAAUGUUACUUAACUAAAUCAAGUCAUGUUACUAAAUUUAAGCUCAGAGGAAACAGUACAAAAGCUAAGCUAGUAAAAAAAAUCCAUUAGCAUGAUUAGGUUUGCAAAGUGAUAGCAAAACUAUCGAGUACAAGUUUUUACACCUUGUUAAGCUAAAAAACUAAGUAACUUAACAAAGCUUACACUGAGAUAGGAAGUUAAACGAGUGACAGAAAUAACAUUACUAAAGGUAUACGAUGGUGCGUAAAUGAU